GGCCGUCGCGUAUUAGGAGGGGUCGAACACCCCAAGCUUUGAGAGGCGUUAUCGAAUAUAAAUACAACGACUGCCAUCCGUCCAAACAUCAGUCUCUUUUUAUUCGACUUCAGUGUUCAAUUUACACACAAACAGCACACCUUACAAUGGCCGCAAAGUUGAUCGUCUUCGCUGCUUGCGUGGCUUCUGCUCUCUCCCAAUAUGCCGCCCCAGCCUACCCUGCACCCAAAGCUUACGCUCCAGAACCAGCAUACCCUCCUAUCCCAUACAACUUCGAAUACAGCGUCAAUGACCCAACCACCUAUGACAUCCACAGCCAACAGGAAUACUCCGACGGAAACGGAUACGUCAAGGGAUCGUACAGUUUGGUCGAACCUGACGGCUCCACCCGCGUCGUCGAGUACACCGCCGAUGACUACAAUGGUUUCCAAGCUGUCGUCAAGAAGGAAGGUGGAUACGCUGCCCCAUCAUACAAGCCAGCUUAUCAAGCUCCAGCUUACAAACCUGCUUCUUAUCCAGCUCCAGCCUACCCAUCAGCUCCAGCUUACAAACCAAGCCCAUACAAACCAUACUAAGAUGUGACACCAAACCGUUUAAUAGCUUUUGCUCAAAUCUUCUCAAUUUCUUUCUAGACCAGUAUUACGUUCACAUUGAAUGUUAACUAAUUACCAUAAUUUGUACCUUAAAUUCACAAAUUUAAUGGUAUAUCUAACUAAAUUUGUAUUUAUUAUGUAAAUAAAAUAAAUCUUAUGAUUUAACGAAAAAA